AUGUCAGCUGACCCUCCCGAGCGGCGGGUGAACCCUUACGACAAGCAGGCAUACACCUUCCAGGAGCUCACGGACCACUACCAGGGCCGCUACUCCGCGGAGCAGGUGAAAGAGCUAUGGGAUCUUCGUAUGCCCGUGGUGUUGCCCAAGCUUCUGGAGACCGCCUCAGAAGAGCAGCGCCGCGACCGCGACUUCGUGCUGCGGGCGGUGCAGCUGCGGGGCCCAGAGCUGCGCCACGCGGCCUCGGAGCUGCGGAGGGACCAGCAGCUGGCGCUGGCGGCGGUGCGCCAGGACUGGAUUGCUUUGGACUACGUCGCGGAAGACUUGUACCAGGACCGCGACGUGAUCCUCGAGGGUUUGAAGCAGGAUUGGGAGGCCAUCACCUACGCUGCAGCGGAGCUCCAGAGAGAUGAGGAGGUGGCCGUCGCAGCCUUGAAUCAGUCUGUCAUGGCUUUGCAGUGCAUCCCGCAGGACCUCUGGUCCUCCGAGGGCCCGGUGCGCCAGGCGCUGCUGGCGGCUGCGUUUCGCAGCCCGGAGCCGCUGAAGCACUGCCCGGAGGCGAUCCGCUCAGAUCGCGAGGUGAUGCUGAAGGCGCUACGGAAGAACUCGAAGCUGGACUUAGUGGCGCCAGCGCUGCUCCGGGACCGCGGCUUCGCGCUGCAAGCGGUGCAGGGCAACUGGGAGGUCUUAGAGCUUUUGCCGGUUCACUACACGGAAGACCGGGAGAUCGUGCUGGCUGCGCUGGAGCAGAGCCCAUACUCGCUGCGCCUGGCCAGCCAGGAGCUCCGCGGCGAUGCGGAGCUUGUGCUGAGCUGUGUGCAGAAGGCCGCCGGCGCGCUGCGCUACGCCGCACCUCACCUGCUGGAGCACAAGGAGGAAAUCCUGGCGGCAGCGGUACGGCAAGACCCCUUGGGCUGCUUGCGACAAGCCUCCGAGGCACUCAAAGAUGACCAGGACCUUCUACUGAUCGCCGUCGCGGCGAACGGGGCGGCGCUGCAAUAUGGCUCCGAGCGCAUGCGCAACGAUCGCCAGGUGGUGAUGGCAGCUGUUCUGCAGUGCGGCCAUGCCCUGGAGUUUGCCUCCGAGGAGCUGCGAAUGGAUCGCGAGGUGGUGCUAACCGCUGUGCGGCAGAACAAGGGCGCCAUGGCCUUCGCAUGCCAGGACCUGCGUUCGGACCUGGAAGUGCUGCGCACUGCGCGGGCCGGCGAGGAGUGCGGGCCAGGCUCGAACUUCCCCUACGCCACCCAAGUGGUCAGGAAGUUGAACGAGGCGCCUCUUGAGCUGCUCAAGCUCAGCGAGGAGGACCUGGGAAAGCCUCCAGCAGAUCUGGAGGAGAAGAUGAUGACGAUUGGCUUUACCACCAUCUUCGAGUACCUCUUCUUGCUCCGUGAGUGCUGCCAGGCACUGAACCAAGCAGGCAAAGCUGGCGUGGUGCUGCUUGCUGCGGCCGUCUCUGACUUCUAUGUGCCAGAAUCAGACAUGGCCAAGGACAAGAUUCAAAGUCGAGCGCACGACGGGCUCACUGUGCAGCUGCGGAACGUGCCCAAGCUGUUAGGCGCGGUGCGGCUUUGGGCACCUGAGGCGUUCGUCUUGUCUUUCAAGCUGGAGACAAACCCGAACAUUCUGCUGGCAAAAGCUGCAGGAGCCCUGAAGAAGUACCAAGUGGAUGCGGUGUGCUCCAACGUCUUGCAGACGAUCCGCGACUGGGUCACCAUCAUCGAGUUUGAUUCGGCCACGAGCAUCGAGGUGCCGGAGAUCACCGGGGAUGAGACGGAGCCCAUUCAGGUCUCGGGCGUGAGCAGCCUGCGUUUGGAGCGGGGCGACAACCGUAGUGUGGAUGUGCCAUUAGUGAAGGCAGUGGUCAACAUGCACAGCGCCAAGAUGAGCCGCUGA